AUGAGGCUGUUUAUGUUAAUUCCGUGUCUAAUUGUUGCGGUUAAUUGCCACCCUUUGGCGCGGGAUGAGUACAAUUCCCAGGCAUCUGGUUUGGCGCUGAUUGAGGAGAACAAUGAUGCUGCGUUGAGGAGUAAGAGAACUGUUGGUGUUCUGAGACAGUUUUUCCCCGAAAUUACUGAGAUGAUUGAUAAUAUAGUCAACAAGAUAGUCUCCGAGGUGAUAAAAGUAGUGGGUCCAACCGUAAUACAGGACGUACUUGGAGGAAACCGAAGACAAAAUAACGGAAAUUCAAAAACAGAAAGCGAAGGCAGUGAAGUAACAAUAGAAGUGCCAGCCGAUUUCUUCGAAGACUCUGAAAGCGAUUCUGACGUAGCGGACAUUAAUAACAAGGAUAAUUUUGGUAAAGUUAAUAUCCCGUUGCCGACCUUCGAGACCACCCAAGUUACCGGCAAGGGAAUCGGUAACGUGGAGGAAGGACUUACCACUGAAGGUCGAGUUCAGUUAAAUUACCUAGAUCACUACACGGCAUCGAACCGACGGGCACUCCACCAGGAUCUGGAUAUAGCCGAGUCAGAGAACAAGGAAGUAAGAGUAGCGUUCGACGAUUCAGAUCUCGCGACAAACGAAGCUGGAGCGGAUCUCACCUCUCUGGACAAUAUCGAAAUCGGAGACGACGAGAAUCGAAACAAAAGAUUUAGUGGCGGAAAUGGAGAGUCUGGAGGCAGUGGCGGGGGAUCUGGCAAUUUUAUUUUUGAUAUUAUUAGACGCAUUGCGGCUACAAGCGAGCGAUUCGUCAACUUCAAAGCGCGACUGAUUACUUCGAUCAUCUGAGGAAGUCUAG